AGAGCGAAAGAAGCGAGUCAAUAUAUAAGUAUAGAUACAGUCGAAGAGAUUUCAUAAGCCUAUUUUUUAUUAAAUUUAAAUCCUAUGUUUCCUCUUUUCUGUCGUUAGGGUUUACUGAAAUUCCGUCUUUUCCUCUCCAAGGGUGUUUAGUUGACAAAUUCAGAUUCGACUUCAAUUCGAGUGAUAAUUGCUGAGUUUGCUGGAAAAAUGGGGACUUCAUGGGCGGAUGCUGUUGAGAAUGCACCGACUGGACCUCCUGGUAAUGCUGGCAUUGCUGCACUUAAGUCAGCAUAUGUUCCACCGCACCUUCGGAACAGACUGCCUGCGUCAUCUGUGGCUGCCCCAACAUCAGGAAAUGAUGGGUUUGCAAAUGCUAGACCUGCUGGUGGUUCGCAAUGGCCUGCUUCUAGGCCUGAUUAUGGGCGUCGUGGAUAUGGUGGUGGAGGUCGUGGCAGUGGUAGUUGGGGUGGCAGGGACCGCGAGGUCAAUCCUUUUGGCAAAGAUGAUGUGGCUGCUGCUGAUACGGAGCCUGCAUUUAACGAGCAGGAGAACACAGGCAUUAACUUUGAUGCGUAUGAGGAUAUUGCUGUGGAGACGAGUGGGCAAAAUAUACCACCUCCAGUGACUACUUUUGCUGAGAUAGAUUUGGGUGAUGCACUUAAUUUGAAUAUUAAGAGGUGUAAAUAUGUGAAGCCGACCCCUGUUCAGCGGUAUACGAUUCCCAUUUCUCUGGCGGGACGAGAUUUGAUGGCUUGUGCUCAAACAGGCUCUGGCAAGACCGCUGCUUUCUGCUUUCCCAUUAUCAGUGGAAUUAUGAGAGGACAUAUUGCAAACAGACCACAGGGAACCCGAACUGUUUUCCCGCUUGCGCUUAUUCUCUCACCAACAAGAGAACUCUCAGUGCAGAUACAUGAGGAAGCUAGAAAAUUCUCCUAUCAAACUGGUGUUAGGGUGGUUGUUACUUAUGGAGGAGCGCCAAUGCACCAGCAGCUCCGCGAACUUGAGAGAGGAGUUGAUAUACUGGUGGCAACUCCUGGAAGAUUGGUUGAUUUGCUAGAGAGAGCUAAAGUUUCACUGAAAAUGAUAAGAUAUCUAGCUCUCGAUGAGGCAGAUAGAAUGCUGGAUAUGGGUUUUGAGCCUCAGAUCAGAAAGAUAGUGGAAGAAGCAGACAUGCCUCGUCCUGGUGAACGACAGACAAUGUUGUUUAGUGCCACCUUCCCGAAAGAGAUCCAGAGACUGGCGUCAGAUUUUCUUUCAAAUUACAUCUUUUUGGCAGUUGGGAGGGUUGGUUCUAGUACCGGCUUAAUCGUUCAAAGAGUUGAAUUUGUUCGUGAGGGUGACAAGAGGAGCCACUUGAUGGAUCUUCUUCAUGCACAGAGGGACAGCGGAAUUCAGGGAAAGCAAGCUCUCACUUUAGUAUUUGUGGAAACAAAGAAGGGAGCUGACGCAUUGGAAAAUUGGUUGUGUCUUAAUGAAUUUCCUGCUACUACUAUUCACGGGGACAGGACGCAACAGGAAAGAGAGUUUGCACUGAGAUCGUUUAAGAGUGGAAGAACACCUAUUUUAGUUGCAACAGAUGUGGCAGCUCGGGGACUUGAUAUUCCACAUGUUUCUCAUGUAAUCAACUUUGACCUCCCAAACGACAUUGAUGAUUAUGUCCACCGUAUAGGACGUACUGGACGUGCCGGAAAAUCAGGGCUUGCCACAGCAUUCUUUAACGAGAAAAAUAUGUCAAUGGCCAAGGGUUUAGGUGAGUUAAUGAAGGAAGCAAAUCAGGAGGUGCCUGAGUGGCUGACUCGGUUUGCAGGUCGUCCUUCAUAUGGAGGAGGUAAAGGUAGGCAUGGUGGAGGACGUUUUGGUGGUCGUGACUUUAGGAGAGAUUCCUCAUCUAACAGGGGUGGAAGUGGACAUGAUUAUUACGGAGGAGGAGGAGGAGGUGGUGGUGGUGGUGGUUAUGGAAAUUAUGGCGGAGGAAUGGGACCUGGGUUUAGCAGCGCUUGGGACUAAUGUCUCGAAGUAAGCUUUUAUGUUAUCUUGCAGCAUCUUUCUAUUCAUAAUCUAACUGUGAGGAUUAUUGGGGAGCUUUUUUUGACUUCUUAAUACACCUGUGUUAUCCCUUUUUCUGAUUAUGGGAUAGAUUUCACGGUAGGUAAGUUAGGUAGUCGAAAACCUGACCUGAUCCUGUUUUAAUCUUGUGUUUCUUUCUAACUGUGGCACUUGCUGUGAGUUUUUGUCGUUGGGAAAGUUGGAUAUGGAUCUGUAGGUGAAGGAGAAGAAUGAAGUUCCUUUUUUUUUGUUUCUUGAUAAAUUGUAUAGAACACCAUAUCCAGAUAGCACAGUGCAUCCUCCAAUGCAUUUGUUCAAGUGCCCCAUUUUUGAAACUAUACCUUUUUGUUUAUUCUAUCUUCGUUUAUUGUU